AGAGAUCGGUAGAAAAUGGCGAGUUUGUGCAAGAGGCAGCAAUGCACUAUCGAGAGGCGCGGCUUUCGGCAGGAACUUGACUCGUGGCGCCACAAACUCAUCCACUGUGUAGGUUUUGAGAGCAUUCUGGAGGGCUUGUUUGGGCCUGGGCUGGUAGAAGAUUUAACAUUAUUUAAAGAUUGUGAGCCUGAAGGGGUGUCAGAUUGGUCAUUUCAUGAAAACUGUCUGUUCUGCUGUUUAAGACGAGAGAAAGUGAAGGAGCAUCUGGUUGGCCUUAGCAGCCAGGAGCCAGACAGUGAGUCCAAACCUCUCCUAGGAAAGGAGCAGACCAAAAUCACCAGACUUGAGAAGCAAGCAGAAGAGUUCCUCACUGCAGUCCUCUACAAAAAAGAUGUCCCUAGCUUCUCGGACCCGCACAUUCCAGUAGUUGCUCGGGAGAUCAUGCAGCGAAUGAUUCGCCAGUUUGCUGCCGAAUAUACCUCAAAAACCAGCUCCUCUCAGGACAGCCCCCAGCCCACCACAGACCAAAGCCUGCCGCGCCCUCCCUCGGCGGUGCCCCCUGCUGUCAGCCCCGGGGUUACUGCAGCUGCCUCUGCACACGACCAGAACCCCGUCCUCAGCAAGCUCCUCAUGGCCGACCAGGACUCUCCGCUUGACCUGACCAUCAAGAAGCCUCCGGCCGACACCAGGGAACAAGAUGGAGUCCUGGACCUGUCCCUCAAGAAGGGCCAGAACUGGACCAGCCCUCACGUCCGCAGCCCUCCCCUCUCCCAGGCCACACCCACUCUCAGAGGUGAGUCUGCAGAGUUGCUUACUGCCAAAGCCCAGGAUCUGCAGUCCACCUCCACCCUGGAGCAGUUCAUGGCCAAGCUGUGUCCACACCACCAGAAACAGAUAGUGGACGCCCUGGGUUUCCUCCAGACUGAAGUCAAAGCAGUCAAGGCUUCCUCCUGCACUUCACAAGCCUCUAACCCUGCCUUGGUGGACAUAAGCUCCACUUCUGUCUGCUCCGAAUCCUGCCUGGACAGCCCAGCGAGGACGUGCAUAGAGCCCACACUCCCAUUAAUGUCCACUCCUAAGGGACAGUUGGAGGUCCAGGAGAUGGCCAGUGUCGACACCGGCAGCUCCGUGAGCCCCGAGAAAAUCCCUGAGACGACAGUCUCUCUGCAGACAUCAGGAACCGGGGGGCCGGCUUUAGACCUCCGGAAAACCGUUUCAGAAGGCAUCACGGCUCUGGCGGGUCCCAUCAAAAGUCCCAUACAGCGUGAUAUCACACGUCCUAGUGACCAUGUUCCUCUUAAAAUUAAAAUAAUGAAGUCUGGCAGCCUUGGGGAUGGUAAGAAACUGUCAUGUGUACUCACCACCUCUGUACUGCCUCCUGCUGGAAAACUAGAGGAACGACAGGUCAAUACCGACCCCUUAAAGAGGGCUGAGAGCCACAGUGCUAGACUCAGCUCCCAAGUGAAAAGACGUCAUCAUUCUGAUCACUCAAAUCAGGCCAGACAGAGGGGAGCAAUUGGACACACAAAAGGCACACCAUCCAAGCCCUGCACAGAGAAGAGGACACCAGACGCAAUAUCCCACAUGUCACCUCGAACUGCCAGGAAGACAAUAAGAGGAUCCUCAUGCUAUCGUGCUCGGGAGUCGUCCGUGUUCAUCGCCGACCCUGACCUCGGCCACUGUGACCUUGUCUACAUUGACAAGCCAAUCACAGAGUCGCUGAGGAGACAGCGGCACCGCAUGCUCCCGCGCCGCAACGCCCGGAAGAGCACCAGAGGCCACCUCUACGUCGAGGAGAUGUGGGAGCUGAAAACCGUCCGAACGCUGGCCAGCAAGUCUAGACCCAACGCCAACCUGGGGAACUAUCCAAUCGCCCCAAUGCCAGACCUCAUCAGCCUAGUUACUGUCACUCCUAAACAAGCCAUGGCCAAGCCUGACGGCGUUCCUCUGGUAGAUAUUCCCAUCGCUGAAGGCUGUAGGGAGACGGCUAGUCAGAAGACGCCCUCCGAGCAACUGGCUGAGAUGGACAUCCCUGGCAUAGCCGAUGGGGCGGGGGAAGCUGCCGCCAGCGAAGCCAACCCGGAAGUUGAGAACAGUGAGUCAGACCAGAGCCAGUGCAAAGAUUUCACUACCCCUCCCCCCUUACCUUCUCAAACCCAGCUGAACGAAACUGAACAGGUUGCGGUGACAGAUUCGGAGCAGGCGAGGGAGAGCGUUGUGUCAGAGGAGAGAGUAGCUCAGACUGUAGACGAACCAGCGGGGCAAGAUGCAAGUGGUGUUGAAGUAUUAAACAAAUGUGUAGCUGAAGUGAUGGAGACAGAGGUAGGGGCAAACCCAACAGGAAGUCAUACUACAGAGGAGACCCUGUGUGUUUCAGACGAGGUCCAGAAUGGGGACCUCGAACCCCAGCAGGAAGCUGAGCUACCAAACCCUGUCGUGGACCAUGCCCAAGACGAAAACCAAGAAGAGAAGGAGCAGGCACAGGCUGAGGAGGCCAAGACCCCGGAGCCCUCGGAUUCCUCUGAAAGAAAAGACCAGAGUGGCAAUGAAACUCAGACAGUACAGGAAUUGAAAGAGGUUGAGGCAGUGGAUAUGGCUGAACCAGAGUCUGCUGCUGCAGAUAUGACCACCAUAAAAGAAGAGCACACGAUUGAUCCUUUGAUUCAUUUCUCCCCUGAGAAGUCUCUGGAGGCUCUUCUGAAAGAGCUACCUCCAUGGCGUAGGAAGCGUCAUGAAAAGUUGCAGCCCAAACCAGUUAUAUUUAGUGAAACUGAGAAGAUAAUUGUAGGGUAUGUUAAUGGGAGGCCUAUCAAAGCCUCUGACAGAUGCUUGCGUAGAAGGUCUGAGAAAAGUUCUCCAAAACCUGUUAAGAGCCAUUCCAAAGGCAAUCAUGGCGUUUCUGAAUCUUCAUCUGCUCCUGGCUCAUCGGUUGACUCAGUUAAAAGUCCCUCGUUGAAACGAGCAGCAAAGGCUCAUACAAAGUUUUCUGUCCAACCUAUCGAGACCAAACCCGAGACUCCAUCUGUCGCCGUUUCUCCAGUUGAGAGCGUCCAAAGUCCUGCUCCAAAACAUCCCACAAGGAGCGGUAUCAACGUGAGGCGAAACAUUAUGGGGUCAAAGAGCCUUGCUGAAGCAACUCAGAGUGCUCCUGAUCCUCUACCAACCCAAGAUCCUGAAAAGAAACCAGCCCCAGAAACCGAGACUCUGCCAGCACCAGUGUCUGCCCCUCCUUCCACCCCAGCCCCAGUCCCUGACUGUCUGCCCACCCCUGUCCUAGUGUCUGAAUCUCCGCCUGCCCCUCCCUUCACCCCAGUCCCUGAACAGACAGAUUCCCCUAAAACCCAGGAGUUUAAACGACCGCUCAGAUCAGCCAAAUCAAAGAAAGCCGGGGCAGCAGUCUCUCCUCCCCAGUCAAUUGCCAUGACGUCCUCUGUCUCUGAAGGACCCACCACAUCCCUCCCACCCACUUCUACUGAGCCUAUGCCCCUUCUCCCCACCAACCCGUCUCCCCUCCCCAUCUCCGCCCCUCCACUUCCUCUGUCGUCGACUUCCACCUCUAUCGAACCCUCGGAGUCCCAACAGACACCAGCACCACAGGCUAUCAGUGAGCGGAGUGUGGAUGCAGUCGAGGCAGUUCCAGACAGUGAGAAGCAGAGUAACAUGGGGGGAGACUGCAGGGUGCCGGCCAGACAGAAGCUUAGGUCUUCAGGGAUUGCAAAGGAGUUUGAGGAGGCCGAGACGCCGAAAGCUGCCAGUGAGGUUCCCUCCCUCCCAGAGGGCCCAGGGGCAAUGAGUAGUGAGGCAACCACCCAGAGUAGCCCACUUCGAGGCAAGCAGACUCCCGUGAAGGACAGAGAAGCCAGCAAACGGCUGAAGGCAGCAGAUGCAACACCUUUGCAAGAAGACAGGAUUCCAGCAGCAGAUUCCCGUAUAUCCCUCAAUGCAGAAAGACCGGGGAGGAUGCCACUCAGGAGUGAAAGCAGUAAAGCUGAAGGAGCCACAAGCCAUUCAAUGACCCCUGGGACUCCUAUCCCUUCAUCACCUCCUGAAAACAGGAAGUCAGCUCUCCGGUCCCAAAAGUUGGCCUCACCCUCUUCCUCCACUGCUCCAAUCACACCAGAGAAGCCCCGAGAAGUGUUGUCUCCUUUCAGGGUAAAACCCGAAAAGAUCACAAAGCUUCCGCCCAAGUCUUCUCCAAUGUCUUCUCAGCUGCCCAGUUCUCUACCCUCCUGCUCAGGCCUUCCUUUCUUCCCUCCCAGACUGGAGCCGCCAGCACCCACUCCCCCCAAAUUCCUGGAGGCCCUGAACAGUGAGGAACACCAACACAUGAUCAGUAACCUGAACACCAAAUUUGAUAAGAUGCAAAAAGGCUGGUUCCAGAUGGACAAAGAGGGUCAGCCGGCUCCUAAGCACAAGAACAAGGCUGACAGACAGGCGGCAAUCUGGAAGAGCAAGCGCAGGGUUCGAAAGCCUAGGUCUUCGGAACACCAGAGGUUCUCCCCUGUCCAGAUGCUCUUCAUGAAGAACUUUGACCUCAGCAGUAUCUGCCGAUGGUUCCUACAGUCAACAGAGACAAAGUCCUUAGUCAUCGUUAAGAAGGUGAACACUCGUCUUCCCUCUGAGACGCAGCUGUGCUUCCACAGCUCUUCCUGCCUCCCAGGGACCUCCCAGGGGGUGUUCCCAAGCCUGCAGGCCGAACGCCUGAAGAAACAUCUGAAAAAGUUUGCUAUUGCCUCCCCUGUGAAGAGCACUCCCAAGAGCCAGAAACUCAUUGCUAAAGCCCUGGAGCAGGAGGUCCCUAUAUCCAAAGGGAAGGAGAAAAAAGAGCUAACCACAGCCACUCGGAUCUCAACAAAGCCCUAUACGGCCUCAGCUGAGAUCCAGGCCCAGGCAAGUGAUGCUCAGAAGGCCUCUGUUAAGGCUAAGAUUCCAGCGAGCGCAAGGAUCCUGAGGAAGUACAACUACAUCCGGGAGAAGAUGCAGGUCCAGCAGACCUCCAAAAAGGUGAAGGAUACACCAAGGGAAAGCCUCAAGGCUGCCAACGUGAAAACCUCCAACUCGAAACCGAAACUAGCAACUGUGAAGGGAGCUAAACCCUGCCGGACAUAUAGUAAAAAAAUUAAGGAGCCUGUCUUAGCGAAAUCAGUUAGAGGGAGACCCUCUCUUGAUCAAAAGCCUGCAGGCAAGGAAAGUGUGGUCAAGACAACCAGCAGUAGGACUGUAAGAGAGCCUAUGAAGAGGGAUAGUGAGUCAUCACAGAAAUUGCCUCAAAAGUCCCCCAAAACACCAAAGUCCUCAGUUCUUGCUGCUGUGGCUAAAACAGAUUCCCAUAAAAAGCAGGUUGAAGACGAGAAACCAGGAGCGGAUCGUUCUCCGCUGGUCAAACCAGGUGCUGGUGCGAAAGAGAAACUGACAAAGAAAGCGUCUCAAAGUAAAGUCACUGAGAGUAGAGUCACUGUAGGUGAAGGUGCCGAGAGGCCGCUGGACACUCCGCUUCCGGACGUGGAUGCCACGACUCCGCCGGUCUCCUCAGACCAGGUACUGACCAGGUCUCAGAGGAAGAUGGAGGUCAUGCCUACUCAGAGCGCAAGCCCCAAAUCUGCUACCAAGAAAGCCCAGGAGCCGACAAGUGGGACUCCCAAGUCGGCCACCAAGAGAGCAGAGGGCUCCGCGCAUACACAGAAGGGAAAUCCGAAGUGUGCCGCGAAGAGAGGCCAGGAGGCCCCACAGACUCCUGCCAAGCGCACCAGGAUGUCUCUGACCAAGUAGAACCUGACUGCAGACAGACUGCUGUUGUCAAGAGGGAUUUGAUCUUUCGUUUUUUUUGGCCCCCUACAAAAAGGACUAUUCGCGCGUUUUCCUUUUGUGUUUGUAAAUUAUCUUGGUGAAAAGAUUCGGAGGGAAAGCAGUUUUUUGUUAUUUCGUGGGAUAGUUGAAUGGUUUUGUUACAUUUCUGAGGCAAAACGCAAAUGGUGAUGGGGAUAUAUUUAAUGUAGAUUUCGAGUGUGUGUGUGUUUGUGUUGUGAGGGUUGUAUGUGAUUCCAUGAGGUGACCUGCAGGAAAGUAGUGUUUUCUGGCAGUUUGUCACAGACUGAUGAGACAUCGUACAUAUUGCUUUGUUUCUCUAAACUUCAAUGCCAGAUUUGUCAUCAAGCAUGAGAAAAGUGUUUGCCCUAUUGUUUAGGAACAUGGCCUGUCAUUGUUGAACAUUUGACAUACACCUUCCCUUUGGUGAUCAACACGUCUCCUCUUGUCAUUACAUCAUGGAUGCCUCCAGUGUUUAUUGCAGUCGGUGUGUGUGUGUGCGCAAGAGUGUGACUUGUGAUCAGGUGCCUUAUUUAUCAAGUGUGAACUAAUUGAAGUGUGUGUUAACGUAGGUGGAGUGUCAGUUCUCUAGCUACUGCACAUGUUUGAGUACUGUGGAAGGAGAGUGGCAGUGAGUUUCCAUGCACAACCCUUCCCUCUGUGAAUUGCAGUCCCUCCCCUUCUUUAUUUGCCUCCUCUCCUCUCGCCCCACUGCGCCCACAUCCGUGAUUUCCAACAUGUCCAAUCCGAAGCAAUCCUCACACGUUCAUCUCUGUUUUCAUCGUCGAUUCCGUGGACUCUUUGUUGUCCGAACGUUAGCAUUAUGACUAUUGAUAUUGUCCUUGUUUUACUUUGAACGACACCCGUAAGCGCCGUGUUUGUGUCAUGACAUUUCAACAAAGGGUUGUUGUUGUUUUCAUUCCCCUCUGUUUGAAACCCGUAGGAGACAGUGGCCGGUCGGCUGCAGCAUUCGAGCCUCCUGUACACCCGUCCGUCUCCUCCACACCUUGUUUUAGCUUCACGGCGAAUAGUCGUGCAGCGUGCAUGCUUCAGCCGUCUCGUUAAUGUGAAUAUGCUAACAUCCCUGCAGUCUGUCCCACCCAAUCAGCAGCCCACUCUCUCCAUACAACAAUCACCUCAACGGAUAGAAUCUCAGAAACAAAGGUUGUGUACUUUCAGAACAACAAAUCCUGGUUUUGUAAACCCGCCUCUCCUUGUAACUAUGCAUGCACGUACCUGUGCCUCCCCGAGUAAUGGAGGGCUGAAUAAGCAUUCAUCACUGAUCAAUAAGGAGUGAUUACGGAUAAAUACGUAGUUAAUCAGUGAUUGGUGAUUUGUGUUUGUUUGAAAGGAGUGGACACCAGGCAAGACAGAAUGUAACGAUGUUAAAGACAAUGUUUUUCUUUGGAUGGAAGUUGGUAUGUAUAAAGAUAGAUAUGUGCAAGAACUGCGCCUGGUCAUGUUCAGUGAUGGCGAUGUUAAAGGAAGAUGUCAUUGCUGUUCAGUUCUCUGGUUCUGUGCAAAAUGUCAGGGUUUUCAGCAUCAGAGUGACCUCUAGUGGCCGUAUGGAUGAACCCUUUUUCUUUUUUUUCUUGAAGUCUUUGUAAAUGAUGCCUGCCUGUAGCCUACCUGUCUACAAUUAAAUUUUACAGUAUAUCUUGAUUUGA